AUGGUUACAUGUAAUCCAAGACUUGGUAAAUAUAUGGCUUGCUAUUUAUUAUAUCGUGGAAAUGUCAAUAUGAAGGAGAUUAAUAAGUCAAUAAUACAUCUGGAAGCACAAAGUAGGGUCAAAUUUGUUGACUGGUAUCCAACAGGCUUUAAAUUCAAUACUAAUAUUCAACUACAAUUUGUUAUUCAAUCUGGUGAUUUGUCUAAAGUUUCAAGAUCUGUAUGUAUGGUGAGUAGUUCAACAGCAGUUGCUGAAGCGUAGAGUCGUUUAAAAUUUAAAUUUGAUUGUUUGUAUGGUAAAAGAUCAUUUGUACAUUGGUAUGUGACUG